UGAGGCGCUGACGUGAGCUGGGCGCACCUGGGCGGAGCAGGUAAGCGCCAGUGCGGGACCGUGAGCGGAGCCCGCACUCCCUACCUGCGCAGAGCCGGGUGUUACCUGCCCAACCUGUCGAGGCGCGCGGUGGCGACUGGAGAUCUCAGCUGGGGACAUGGUUCGGAGGGACGUCCGCUUCUGGUAGCCGGAUUGAGGAAGAAAGGAAAAGAUGAAUCAUAUAUAAAAGUAUAUAGGCAAGUAUAAAAUUCACUCAUGAUCCUAUCACCAGGUAACCAUUGCGGAUGUCUUGUUGUCUUGGUGUAUACUUUCCUUCCCUUUUUAAAAUUCUGUGUGUGCGUGUAUAUGGAUCCAUGGUGCAUGUUGUUACAAGAUGGAGAUACUCCUGGGCAAUCAAUAUUAUAUGUUGCAUUUUCUCCCUUAACUUCAUAUUGUAAACCUUUUCCCGAAUCCAAUAAAAAUUAUUCAGAUGCCCCGUUGUUAAUAGCUGCUUAAUAUUGCAGCCUGUGAACAUGUGAUUAGCCAUUCUCCUCUGUUAUUUGGUUGCUUCCAUUUUUCCCCUCUCUGCCUGUUUUUAGAGUCUUAGUUACUGGGUGGCAGAUGGGGGAGAUCUUGGCUGACUUUCAGAAGGUGGAGGAGGGCAGGCUGGGGCGGGUUGCUCUUGGGUACGGCCAUCUCGGGAGAACGCUGAGAACCAGGGCUCGAGAUCUUAAUCACCGGUCUCUAUGGGUGGCUGCUUCUCCUUCCCCAUCACUAUGUGCAGUUCCUUGUGUUGACCUGGUUGCCUUAAUUUUUUCUUCAUGGGCUGUGGAUCAACUAGAAUAAACACUUUUCUUCAAAGUCCAGGAUCCAUCAACAGGUUGAUUUUAUGUGUCAGACAGGCCCAGACACAGGACUUGGAUGCAUUGCAAUAUAAAUUCUCAAAAGCCCCUCGCUAGGUUGACUGGUUGGCUGCCCACUUUUCUAUUCUUUUCAUCCUUCCCUUGCCCCUCCCCCUCCCAGUAGGCUAGGACUGAGGAGAAGGUAGAACUUGCCCUUGGGAGAAUGUGUUUCCUCCUCCUUAUAAGGCAGUGGUCUCUAGGCUCUGAUGGCUUGUGUUGCUGCCCUGCAAAACAACCUAAACCAAGGCCAAGACCAGGGGGUGGGGGUAUUUGAAUUCUGCAUGCCAACCAACCUCACCUGCCCACUGAGCUGUGCUCCCCAGGGGGAAGGUUUCAGUUGCAGGAGAUGGUAAUUGGGUCAGAAGGCUCAGGUAAGAGCAGGUCUUGCCUUGCUCUUAAAGUGCCAGGGCUGAGUUGGCUUUGGGUUUCCCCCAUUGGGUGGAAGUCUAGCCCCUCAGCUAAGCACCUCUGAAUGGGAGCCUUUCGCUGACUCAACUGAUUUGGUUUCUGAACUGUGAUCCAGGUAGGGGUCUUUCUGGGUAUGAAGGUGACUUAUUUGUCUUCCUUUCCUCCUCAGGCCUUUAUGGGGCUUGAGCAGUUCUAAUGGGGAUUUCUUCAGGAAGGAGUCUGGUGAAAACAUUGCGCUUUAGCGCUUAAUAACUAGCAUAGUGCUUGACACUCAGUAGCUGAUGACCAACUCUUUGUUGAAUGAAUGUUAUUUUUUUAGGUGUUUCUUUCUUACCUUAAGUAAAAACAAAGUAAAAUAAGAACACCAAAAAAAAUAAAUAAUAAAAAUCUAAGCACAACAUUCCAGGCAAACAAUUCUUCAGUGACCAGCUUUUCCUUUGGGCACACAAUCUAGGCAAACCUUUGUUUCCUGUUGUGAGUGCUGGCUGCCUCCAAUGCUAUCUGCUAUGUCUGGGCAUUUUUAUGAGAUUUAAUUGCAGACUUUACCCAGGCUGGCUCCUGCAACCAAUCAGCUCGCUCCAGCCUCUGGGAGAUGAGCAGACCCAGAAUCUUUGGGUGGCCCAGAGAAAGGACAGCCAACUCAAAGCCCAGCUAAUCAGAUCCUGGUGGAUAUACUACCUGCUCUAUAUCAUGGCCCUUCACCCCCGAAGAGUUCGGCUGAAGCCCUGGCUGGUGGCCCAGGUGGACAGUGGCCUGUACCCUGGGCUCAUCUGGCUUCACAGGGACUCCAAACGCUUCCAGAUUCCCUGGAAACAUGCCACCCGGCAUAGCCCCCAACAGGAGGAGGAAAAUACCAUUUUCAAGCUGCAAGUCAGAAGUGAAAUUCAGUCUCUACCGUGGGCCUGUCAAGAUCUUGCUGAGACUGGACCAGGAAAGGCCUGGGCUGUGGAGACAGGGAAGUACCAGGAAGGGGUGGAUGACCCUGACCCGGCUAAAUGGAAGGCCCAGCUCCGCUGUGCUCUCAACAAGAGCAGGGAAUUCAACCUGAUGUAUGAUGGCACCAAGGAGGUGCCCAUGAAUCCAGUGAAGAUAUAUCAAGUGUGUGACAUUCCCCAGCCCCAGGGCUCCAUCAUUAACCCAGGAUCCACUGGAUCUGCUCCUUGGGAUGAGAAGGAUAAUGAUGUGGAUGAAGAAGAUGAGGAAGAUGAGCUGGAUCAGUCACAGCACCAUGUUCCCAUCCAGGACACCUUUCCCUUCCUGAACAUCAAUGGUUCUCCCAUGGCACCGGCCAGUGUGGGCAACUGUAGUGUAAGCAACUGCAGUGUGGGCAACUGCAGCCCUGAAGCAGUGUGGCCCAAAACGGAACCUCUGGAGAUGGAAGUACCCCAGGCACCUAUACAGCCCUUCUAUAGCUCUCCAGAGCUGUGGAUCAGCUCUCUUCCAAUGACUGACCUGGACAUCAAGUUUCAGUACCGUGGGAAGGAGUAUGUGCAGACCUUGACCGUGAGCAACCCCCAGGGCUGCCGGCUCUUCUAUGGGGAUCUGGGUCCCAUGCCUGACCAGGAGGAGCUCUUUGGUCCUGUCAGUCUGGAGCAGGUCAAGUUCCCAGGUCCGGAGCACAUCACCAAUGAGAAGCAGAAGCUGUUCACCAGCAAGCUGCUAGACGUCAUGGACAGAGGACUGAUCCUGGAGGUCAGCGGUCACGCCAUUUAUGCCAUCAGGCUGUGCCAGUGCAAAGUGUACUGGUCGGGGCCAUGUGCCCCAUCACUUGUUGCUCCCAACCUGAUUGAGAGGCAAAAGAAAGUCAAACUCUUUUGUCUGGAAACAUUCCUUAGUGAUCUCAUUGCCCACCAGAAGGGACAGAUAGAGAAGCAGCCGCCAUUUGAGAUCUACUUAUGCUUUGGAGAAGAAUGGCCAGAUGGGAAACCCCCGGAAAGGAAACUCAUCUUGGUUCAGGUUAUUCCGGUGGUGGCUCGAAUGAUCUACGAGAUGUUUUCUGGUGAUUUCACACGAUCCUUUGACAGUGGCAGUGUCCGCCUGCAGAUCUCGACUCCAGACAUCAAAGAUAACAUCGUUGCUCAGCUGAAGCAGCUGUAUCGCAUCCUCCAAACCCAGGAAAGCUGGCAGCCCAUGCAGUCUACCCCCAACAUGCAGCUGCCCCCGGCCCUGCCAGCUCAGUAAUCGCGAAUGCCAUCUUCCUUCUCUUUUUUACAAUAUUGUACAUAUGGAUAUUUUUUAUUAUUCAGGUUUAACCAGCUUGUAAAACCCCUUUUCUUUAAAACAAUGUUAGUAGUUUCUGACUCUCCAAAUAUGCCUGGUUCUUAAAGUUGAUUUAAUUUAUGGAAAAAUCACCCUUUAUACUUUCCCUUUCUUUUUUAUAAACAUCCCAAUGGUAGUAGAAUUGUAGUAGAAGGAGAUUUGGACACCAGGGUUCUAACGACGGCUUUACUCUCAAUGUACGACCUUGAACCAAGUCAUUUAACCUCUGGGCUUCAGAUUCAUUACUGUCAAGUGAAGGGGUUGGAAUGAUGCCUGAAAUAAUGCCAGCUUUAAAACUCUGAUUUGAUGACCUCAUUCUACUUGGACAAGGAAAAACUGCCUGGAACAGAACCCUUCUGAAUUGUUCUUGUACCACUUUUUUUUUUCUUGCCUUCAUUAAAGUUCCCUCAAGCACUGA